UUGGACUUCCUCUAUAUUAGUUUCUUUAAUACUCAUUUAAACUGAAAUUUUCUCUCUCACUUUUUCCUCAACAAACAUAAAAAAUUUAAACAAAUAUGACGAGAUAUACAAGCCAUCCGUUUCCAUUUACACUUAUAAUCACAUUUAUAUUUUUUACGGUUAUCACUUCAGCUGCAGUAAUAAAUAGUCCAUGUAAAAUAGAAGGACAUGUGGAAUUUUUUCCAGACUUUAAUAAAGAUUAUUUAUCUGGAGUAAUCACGUUCAGCGAAAAUAAAGGAGGAGAUAAAGUUAUUGUUGAUGGAAUAUUUACUACAGAUAUUGGAGUAGAUGGAAUUAAAGAUGAAGACGGAAAUCCUCGCUAUAGAGCAGAAUUAUACAAUAAUAAAGGAGUUUUAUUAUAUGAUUUGACCGAUUCUGUAUUUAACAAUGCUAUUGAAUUAGUUUCAUUUAAUAAACAAUACGCUAACCUUCAAAUUUGUGGUUCUAAUAGUAUAAUUGAUAAAGUAGUGGUUAUUAAAAAGGAUGGGGAUGAAAUUGCAAGGGCUGAAAUUUAUGAGCUAUUGGAUUAUCAUUAGUGUGUGGGUAUUUUUAAUUAAUGGACGGGUAUUUAUUUUUUUUUUUUAAAAAAAAAAAAA